AGGCCAGGUGGAGGAAGUUCCUUCAGAUACAUCACCGAUCAAUCGUUAGCCACAAAACACUCAACAUCGGCAACCAAACCGUCGAUCGGAGUUUACGCUGAAACCCUCAAUCUUCAACUAAACCCUUGGAAAUCGCUUCUUCAGUUAGGCAUGACGACAAGCCUCCCAUGGCACCCUCUGCUGUCCUCAAAAACCCAACGUUUUCAUCCUUCCACCAACAAACGGUUUUCCAAUUCGCCGCUCCCAAAUUCAAUUAGAGUACAAGCGUUUAGGCGUAGCGAUUUUGAUGGAUUCGCAAAGAGAAUGGCCUCAGGAGAAGCCUGGAGAGAUGCUUGGCGUAGCGCUAAUAAUGGUUUUGAGCAGCUUCUUUAUGAGACCAAGAAGACCGCCGAGCGCAUCGACCGCCGUUAUUCUGUUGGUCGCCGACUAUCCUCCGUCGCAAAUUCCGCAUCUGACCGUGCCAGGGAACUUGACCGUGAUUUUCUGAUUACGCAGCGAUGGCGGACUUUUACUCUCGAUUUCAGUCGAAAUUGGCCCAGGUACAGGAAGCAAUUUAGCGACUUCUUGAAUACUCCGUUAGGAAGAAGUUUUGGGACUAUCUUCUUCCUAUGGUUUGCACUUUCUGGAUGGCUGUUCAGGGUUCUGAUAUUUGCAACAUGGGUACUGCCAUUUGCUGGCCCUCUACUUAUUGGCGCUGUUGCCAAUAAUCUGGUCAUUAAGGGUGCAUGUCCUGCUUGUAAGAGGCAGUUUGUUGGAUACAAGAACCAGACGGUGCGAUGUGGUGGGUGUGGAAACGUUGUGUGGCAGCCAAAAGGAGGAGACUUCUUUUCAAAAGGCGGGAACCGUUCUUCUUCCUCUUCAAAGUCCGAACCAGAUAUUAUAGAUGUGGAGUUUGAGGAAAAAUGAUAGCACUGCUUAUCUGUUGUUAUUCUUUUUAGCGCUUGUAGGUGUGCUAGAUCCCAUAAACAACAUUGCAAUGUAACCAUAAUUUUCAUAAAUGGAUUUAUAAAGUUUUGCUA